CGAACGCCGGGACUCUCACAAACGGUUGCAAAUAGACACGGAAAGGACAUUUAUAAUUGUAACUCUGUUGAGGAGAAAUGGAACGUUUUCCUAGCUUUGCGAUAGCGUUACUGGCGUAUCUUGUUGUUGAAAUUACUGGUAAUUGUACUGUUACCUACAGAGAACCAGAUAUAAGGCCGUGUCCUGAAGAUACAAAUGAUAAUGGUGGGGACUGCUGGCGAGGAUCGUACGGAAGAGGAGUAGGCCGGGUUCCAGACAGAGCGCCUUGUCCAUCGGGACUAAGGGACGACGGCACAAGUUGCUGGAGUGAUGCACAUAUCUAUGGCAAAGGUUGUUGUUGUACUCUUUGGGGAUGCUGUGACAAUUGCAAAGCCGGAUACCAUGACGACGGCUGCACCUGUCGGAAAGCUGAUGUCGGUAUCAAACUGACAUUGUUCCAAAGGUAUCGUUGUAAGAGUGGUGAGGAAAUGAACGGCCAUUUGUGCUACCCUAAAUGCAAAGCGGGAUAUUACGCAUCCGGAUGUUGCAUCUGCGUUCCUCAUGGGAAGCAAGGCAUUGAAAUACAGGCCAAAGAUAGAAAAUAUUGCAAAGACGGAUCACCACUGGUCAAUGGACAAUGUAAAGUUGAAGAAUGCUCAUAUAAAUAAAUACAA